AGUUGCAAUUUUUCUUCCUCUUGAGCUGAGAGUUUACCUCUUUGCUCAAAAUUAUACCUCUAGAAAUGGCUUGUCUUCGUAGCUUCUCAAGGAGAAGUCUUUACCCAAAAUUCUUCAGCUACAUGACCUCAAGGCCUGUUGUUCUUCAUCAUCAUAUCAAAGAUUUUACUGAAUCCACUUUCCCGGAAUCAAAUCCUCUGAUUCGUAGCUUUCACAGGCAAGUUUUCUUUGAAGAUAGAAGGAAAAUGUAUUUUGUUCAACCAGAGGGUUUUUCUGGAGUAUUGCUAUGUAGACACAUGUCUUCUAAACCAGAAGAAUUGUGUUCAAAGAUUGAUGCUUUUGGAAAUGUUGUUGAGGAUCUCGUCUCUGAGAAAUCUGUGGAAGCAAUAGAUGAGUGUACUGCAGCAAUUGAGAAUUUUUCUUUCCCCGGGGACUUCGUGCAGUAUGUGAUUAAUGGAAUCCAUGAACUCACAGGCUUCAAUUGGUUGAUGUCGAUUGUUCUUACGGCUUUUCUGGUUAGUGUACUCAUGUCACCAGUUUCUAUGCGGGUUCAGAAACAAGCUCUGGAACUACAAAUUUUGACUAGGACCAUUCAAGACGUGGAGAGAAUUAAAAUGGUCGGUAAUCGUGAAACUCGAGCUAAAUACAAAAAAUGGGAAGCAGAGUUGGCGAAAAGAUUCGAAGACGCUUGCUUUCCUUUCUUGACACUACUUGUUCCUGAUGCAUUCGUCUACUUCAGCUUCCUGAGUGGGAUAACGACCAUGGCUAAGAAAGUCCCUGAACUUUCAACUUCAGACAGCCUAUACAUCUUGCCUCUACUGGCAGGCUUCACUUUCUGGUUCUCAUCAGAGAUCAACACUAGGCGGACAAAUCCUUUAUCCAGCAUGAAGAGACUCCCUUUAUUUCCCAUUAUCUUUGUUGUGCUCCAAGCUACUUUUGAAUACGAACCGGCAAUGUACUUUUACAUGAUCACAUCUAGAAUCUAUGUCUCCACAUUAUACCUGAUGUUGAAGUCCAAUCAGAUAGUAAAGUUGAGAAGCAUCCUGGGGUGGCCAGAUAUUCACGUAAACAUAGUCUCUGAGCAGCAAAGGAUCAUGGCGAGAUUGAUAAGUCUUAUGAGAGAAUUUAUUGACGUGGUGAAGAAGAAAGACAGGAAGUGAAACUUCUUUUGCUUUCUUAGUCUCUCUGUUUUUUUCUUUGAAUCAAAUUUGACUUGAAUA